GAGGAGAGAGGAAGAGGAGGAGGAAGAGCUCCGAGAGGAGUACAGGAGGAAGAGGAGAGAGGAAGAGGAGGGGGAGGAGUCAGAAGGAAGAGGAGGGGAAUCUGUCCUUAGAGAGUAGCACCACGCUGGUCGACACGUUACAGCCCCCACAAUGCAACAGUAGAGAGCCAAGUCGUGAUCCAGUUGCAGAGAGGUUUGUACAGCUGGGUUGUCUCGGAGGCGGAGGCUACGGGAUCGUCUACGCUGGUUACCGCAGAGAAGACAACCUACCUGUGGCUAUAAAACGUGUCCCCUUGGACAAAGUGUUACGCAUACCGGUGGUACGUCCCAGUACACCCCUCCAGAGUGGUUUCUGAGCGAGUCGUACCGGGCCGGGCCCUCCACAGUGUGGCAGCUGGGGGUUGUGCUGUACGACAUGCUGUGUGGGGACCAGCCCUUCAACACACGACGAGAGAUCAUCUAUGAAGAGCCUUACAUCAAGGACCAACUGUCCAGACACUGUGUGGAUCUGUUGAGGAGGUGUCUGGCGAAGCGACCCCGAGGACGGCCCACUCUGGACGAGAUGUUACUCCACCCCUGGCUCCAGCCGGACACACCCCCUGGCUCCAUCCGGACACGCCCCCUGGCUCCAGCCGGACACGCCCCCCGGCUCCAGCCGGACACGCCCCCCGGCUCCAUCCAGACCCGCCCCCUGGCUCCAGCCGGACACGCCCCCCGGCUCCAUCCAGACCCGCCCCCUGGCUCCAGUGAACCGGACACUCCCCCUGGACAGACCUGCAGCUUGUCACCUGAACCCGACAUAAACAUAGAUUUCUAAAACAUUUUUUGGAACCGUCUUUGAAAAUUGACGUGAAAAUAUAAACUUUGAACAA